AUGCCGGAAUGCUCUUCACCGCGAGUGUGGUUCACAUUCUAUCAUCAUCAUCAGCAGCAGCAGCAGCAGCAGCAGCAGCAGCAGCAGCAGCAGCAGCAGCAGCAGCCCGGGAAACGUCAUGUUGCCACUCCUCUUGCAUACGCUAAUAGCGUGGAACCCAGUUCGUCUUGCCUCUUUGUGCACAGGAGAAAGGAUUUGGUUGACUGGUUGUUGGACGAGAAGAAGAAGAAGAAGGAGAAGAAGAAGAAGAUGAAGAAGAAGAAGAAGAAGAAGAUGAAGAAGAUGAAGGAGAAGGAGAAGAAGAAGAAGUGCCUCGAUCGACCUGCCGCGCGUGAGACGCUGUCGCGUGGAGUUUUCGGUAUGAGAGCUGUGCGUCCCACGUCCCUCGGCUGUCACGCGUACGGGUUAUCGGGAUGA